GCUUGUCCGGAUAAGUGAUGAUAUCGAGAUGGUCAAAAGAUUACAGUCUGGACAUGGCGGAUGGACGGCAGCUAUGAAACAGGCCAUCGGUACAGUUGGAAAGGUGGUAGAGAUUGACGGAUCGGAUAUUCACGUCAAAAUCAAGGGCAAUCUCAAAUUCGUUUUCAAUUCUGUAAACCUGACUCCAGAACGGUUUCGUGCUCCUAAACCAGAAUAUGAAAAUUUUGACGAAAAUUUGCGUGGUCUCCCUCGGGCCAUGCAGGAUCCUCAAUGGAGCAUCAUGAUUCAUGCAGAAGCAGGUGAUAUCAACAAGAUGGAGCGUAUCUUGGCUAUACAUCCAGAAUGGAUUCAUUAUGAGGCAGUGCCGGGCAUAACACUGUUAGGGUGCAGUGCAGCUAAAGGAGAUGUACGCAUGAUGAAGUUCCUCGUUGGUAAAGGGGCCUUUAUUGAGAACGACCACAAAGCCCCACUUUACCAGUCGACACUUGCGUAAGAAAUUCCAAGAAAAAAUAGUAUUUUUGUAAACCUAAUGAUAAUUUGUGUUGCCUACCUGUUAUGCUUU